CUCAAUGCUCGAUGGAGCACGAACAUACAGUACUGUAAGGACAGGCUCUUACGCUUGCGCGAUGGCGUACGCUCGUGUCUAGAGGGCACACGACAACUAUGAUACACCUAAAAAUGGCUACAUAUAACGACUUUUGGACGACUGCGGCGCGUUCGCGACGCGCUGGAAUGUGGGCUUGACUUUCCCGGUCAUAUCUAACCCUUCUUCUCUACUUCCAUACUUCCCAUUAAGGGCCUUAGGGCGUGCUCUCUGGUAUGUUUCCAAAUGGCUGUCAUUUCAUCCUCCAAGCCAAGCCUCUUAACCGCCAUCCUUGCAACAUUAGCCAUCCUCAUAGCACUCAAGUCCUUCGUCCACAUCGAACCCAUCCAGGAGCUGAACAUGAGUCUAGCUCGAUCGCUCGGACUGCACCGUAACCGCGACCUGGUCUUGUACUCUUUCUUCGAGACGCCGGAAGCGACGCAAAACUUCAAUUUCUUCCUCCGCCAUGGUUUACACGCGGAAGCAGACUUCAUCCUCAUGAUCAACGGAGGGCACAGCAUGGACUUGGCAACAUUACGGUACCUACCAAAUGUCCGGAUUAUAGAGCGGGAGAACCGCUGCUUCGAUCUCGGAGGCCUUCACGAGAUCUUCACAAACGAACCACAUUUGGCGAAGCGGUAUAAGCGCUUCAUGUUCUUGAACGCAUCCUUACGAGGCCCCUUUUUCCCUCCAUGGGCAAACGAUAUUUGUUGGAGUGAUGCAUAUUGGAACAAGCUUGAUGCUCGGACGAAAAUUGUCGGCAUGACUUGGAACUGCGCGAACAACAUUCCCUUGCCGCCGCACGUGCAAAGUAUGAUUCUAGCAUUCGAUCAGCGCACGUUGAACGAGAUUCUUUUGCCAAGAAUGAAGUGUUACGAGUCCAUGGAUAGUGCCAUCAGAGAUGGUGAGACGGCGAUGACGAGUUGGGUCCUUGACGCAGGAGGUGGUGCGUACGCUAUGGAGAGUCGCUUCCAGGCUCAUGCUGGCGAAAGUGGUAGGAAUACCACGGCGUUCCUAGAUUGGUGCGUCGGGACUCCUUCGAACGAUGUACUGCAUACUGGCUUAUGGGAGGGUUCAAGCAUGCACCCAUAUGAAACAAUCUUUACGAAAACGAACCGAGACUGGGACGAACGUGACCGCAAGACGAUCGAUCUUCUAACGGAACACGUCGACUUGAGUGGGUACUCAAGCUACGACAGUUGUCGAUGAACUGCGCCUUGCAGUCGUCCGAGCUUCCAAUGUCUGUCGAGGAUUUCUGCAUAGUUUACGUGCCGUGCAUCUUCAGUCUUUGAUUUCGUGCGGCGCACCGUGCUUGACUCCACAGUCUUCAGCCGUGACUACUGCAACGGGACACGUCGCUUCUUGAAGUGGUUGUGCAUGGUUUCCAUACGACCAUGUAGGUGUUUUAGUUAGCAAUACAGCUGAUUGGUAUCGACCGAAAA